ACGCACACACCACUCCACCUCGCCUCUUCUUCAGUCUCCAACCAACAAACCCUAAUUUAUUCCCCCUCCACCGCAUCUACCCCGCUCCUACUCCACACCACCCCACACAGCGAGCCAGCCAGCCAGCAGCAUCCUCACCUCCCUCCUCCUCCUCCUCCUCGUAAAUAAAUACAGAGAAAAGAAAAAACCACCGGGGUCACACGCCUCCCUCACGCUCCCCCUCAUGCGCCGCAAGAAGCAUUUGGACCGGGGUGGUGGCGGCGGCGGCGGAGGUGGCGGUGGCACGGAGCUCUUCAUCUGCUUCACCUCCCGCCCCUCCACCGCCUCCGCCUCCUCCGGCGCGCCCGCCACCCUGCGCCCUUCCAGCUCCUCCAAGCUUCUCAGCCCGGGCCGCGGCGGGGCCGCCGCCGUUGCUGGCGCUGACAACGCGCCGGCUCCGCCGCUCCACCUGUCCCUCAGCCGUCGCCUCCGCAACAGCGGGAGCCUGAAGGGUGGGCAGUCCCCCAUGUUCCCGUCGGGCUCCUCCGGCGGCCGCCGCGGCCGGGGCGGGUUCGAGCCCGCCGAGCCCUCCUCACCCAAGGUCACCUGCAUCGGCCAGGUCCGCGUCAAGGGCGGCAAGAGGAAGCCCAAGCACGCCUCCGCCGCCGCGCUGCGGUCGCGGUCCAGGCGCGGGGGUGUCGGCGCCGCCGGCAGCGCGGAGGCGAGCUUCCGCCGCGCCGGGGACGACCGGGAUGGUCCUGCGGGGAAGAACCAGGGCUGGGUGUACCAGAUCCCGGUCAACAUCUGCGAGGCGCUCAAGACAUUCGGCUCCUGCGGCGGCCGCUCGCUUUGCUCGCCGUCUCGCGGCGGCGGCGGCGAGCGCGACUCUCUCGCCGCCGUCGCCGCCGGCGACAAGAAGCGUCGCCGCCAGCCUGCCAGCGGCAGCUGGCUCUGCGGAGCCGCGGUGGCCAGGUGCCUCUUGGCGAUCCAGGAGGAGGAAGACGACGAGGUCGGCAAGGGAGCGGCUGUUGUGCCGGCCGAGGAUGUCAAGGCUUCGGAGGUCGGUCUUGUGAUGCAAGGGUGGGACGUCGAGGAGGAGGACAACACACUGGUGGUUGGGGAGGUGGAAGUAGAGAAGAAGGACGAGAUCUUGGUGGUUGGGAAGGAGGAGGAAGGGAGGGUCAGCGUCUGCAUCCCGCCGCGGAACGCACUUCUGCUGAUGCGCUGCCGUUCGGACCCUGUCCGUAUGGCGGCACUCGCCACUCGCUUCUGGGGCUCCCCGGCAGCGGCAAACGUCACUCAGGUUGACAAUGUGGAGGACGACGACGAUGAGGAACAGGAGGAAGAGGAAGACGAAGGUGAUGCCGAGACAGAUAAGGAAUGCGAGGAACAAGUUCGUGAUUCAUCUGUUUCCAUGAAAGAAGCUGAAUGCCACGAGUGUGUUGAUCCUGAAGAUGAUGAUUCUCAAGCUGGAGAAGUAGAUCCAGUGGAGACAGAAGCAGUGGGUAUUUCUGAAUGUGGAGAUCUUGGUGAAGAAGUGAAUGAGGGUGGAUGUGGAGGGGAUGGACAGAAGAUUGACCCAGAGGAAGCGCCAAUUCUUCGGAAAGACUCUGCUCUGGAGGUUGCUUUGUCAGGAGAAGCUGUGGAGAGGGAAAUCCAAUUGCCAGAUAUGAUGAAGGAUUCGUCGGAAGCUAAGGAGGAAGUUUCUGUUCCCAGACCUGAGAAAGAGGAAGAGAUGAAGGGCAGGAGGUCAACCAGUUGCUGCUCCCCGUCGACAGCACUGAAGGAGGACCGGAAAUUGCGACGGUUGAGCAGCAGGAGACGUGUAGGUAGCAGUAGCAGGGCCUCAUCAGGUAGUGACAGAGUUGGGCGACGGCACAGCUUCUCAGCUGAGAUAGAAGCUCGUCGGUCAAGCUUCUCGAGCUUGAAGGACUCAAGGAGGGCCAGUUUCUCCAUUGACAGGGAUGGGCGCAGGUGGAGCUUCUCUAUUGAGCAGGAACAUCUUGUUGCAGAGCCUAAGGUGCUGAUGGGAUCCAGAAAGGGCCAGAAAAUUUCAUCUGAGCCAGAGUCAGAAAAAGAUUGUGUUGUUCAUGCCGCACCAAACAGUGCGGAGGAAGCUCAAGAAUCUCAUGAUGACGGAAAGGAAGAAGCAACGGUGGAUGGAGAGGAAGAAGGAACAACACAAGAGACAGAAGUUGAUGAGAAAGGUGAGAAGGUAGAAGUUGGAGGUGUUGAGGCACAAGAUGUGGUAGAAGAACAGAAGCUGAGGAGAAAGAAAAGUGGUGAAUUGCCAGAUUGCCUCCUCUUGAUGAUGUAUGAGCCUAAGCUCUCUAUGGAGGUCUCCAAGGAGACAUGGGUUUGCAGCACGGAUUUCGUCCACUGGAAGUCUUACAAGGGCCAUAACCGCCGCAACCGUUGCCAACAAAAGACUGGUUGCAAUGCCGCUGCAUCAGAAGAGCUCAAGGAUACAGACAAUGCUGAAGGAACCAGUGAUGCUAAGAACAUGGCGGAGAGUGAAGCGCCUGCAUCAGUGAACUUGGCAUCUAUGCCACCUCCGGUUGUGCAGAAACCACCACCCAAAGAAGCUGCAGAGCAGAAGCUGAAGAUUGAGCUGCCGCUGGUUACUAGUGCUGCAACGUAUGCACCGUUUGUUCUGAAGCGCUGCAAAUCAGAGCCAAUGCGAUCAUCGGCACGGCUUGCGCCGGACGCCUGCUUCUGGAAGGACCGGCAUAGGCCCCUCAAUGCCACUGGGGUUGGCUUUUAAUCCCAGCCGAACAGAACUUCUGGUAUGCCUAGAUAGCUAGUGAGUUGAGAGUUUUUCAUGCUUUGUUGUGUAAUAGUGAAGUUCUUUCAUGCUUGGUGCUGUUAUGUGAUGUGGACAACAAAUAAUAGCAUGUUAAGUUACAUCAGAUAGAUUAGGGAGGAGUAUAUGUAAAUCUCUUGGGGUUGCUUCAUGUGUGUGCUAAAUUCCUUUUCCCUUGAUGAUCAUGAUGUUGUGCAGUGCAGCUAUAGUUCUUUGCCAAUCAACAUCUGCUUGUUUUUGCUGC